GUCCAUGGUUGGGGCCAACCAGUGGAGAGGAGGGUACAAGAGAUAUUCACUUAAUAAUCCCAAAAGCCAAGACUCAUUUGAGUCUACAUUGGACGCUGACAGUUACCUUGGAUAUUCCAUGGCUAUUGCUAAAACUGAUAAAAACCAGCUGACAGUUAUUGGUGCUCCAAGAUAUCAACACAAAGGAGUUGUUCUGAUUCUUCUCAAUCAAGGAAUAAUUCAGAAAAUCAACCCCUAUCAAUCACAGACAGGGGAAUAUUUCGGGGCAGAGGUUUGUGCCAUGGACGUGGAUUCUGAUGGUGUGACUGAUCUGAUACUGAUAUCUGCUCCAAUGUUCAAAGAAAAUGAUGGAGAAGGCCGAGUUUAUGUCUGUGGAUUAACUCGUUUGACUGUGUCUUGCAAUUUUAUCGAUAAUCCAUCACUCAUAAUAAAACUAAAAGGCAUACCUGACAGAGGCAGAUUUGGGUCGUCUCUUGCUGUCCUUCCCGACAUAAAUGCAGAUGGAUUCAAUGAUUUGGCCGUUGGGGCUCCUUUGGAAAAUAAUGGCCAAGGCAGCAUCUACAUAUUUCAAGGAGAGGGAGGGAAAAAAAUAAAUGCUAAAUACUCACAGAGGAUUGCUGCCUCUGAAAUCCAAGGAGGACUGAAGUUGUUUGGUAUCUCAAUCAGUCAGUCUUCUUAUGAUCAGAGCGGUGACGGACUUCCUGACUUAGCCGUGGGUUCAAAGGGAAAAGUUAUCUUACUGAG